AGACAAUAUAACCCCACUGUCUAAAACUAGGGUUUGUGCUCUAGCUCAUCUCUCGUCGUCAUUGCCUCUUGUUCGCGUACCUGAGACCUAGCCACCUUUCCUCUCACAACAUGGCCGUCGGUAAGAACAAGAGGAUUUCGAAGGGUAAGAAGGGUGGGAAGAAGAAGGCAGCUGACCCAUUUGCCAAGAAGGACUGGUAUGAUAUCAAGGCUCCUUCUCUCUUCACAGAAAGGCAGAUUGGCAAAACACUUGUCUCCAGAACUCAGGGCACUAAGAUUGCUUCUGAAGGACUCAAGCAUCGAGUGUUUGAGGUUUCUCUGGCUGAUCUCCAGAAGGAUGAGGAGCAUGCUUACAGGAAGAUCCGGCUAAGAGCGGAGGAUGUGCAAGGGAGGAACGUACUCACUAACUUCUGGGGAAUGGAUUUCACCACUGACAAGCUGAGGUCAUUAGUGAGGAAGUGGCAGACACUGAUUGAGGCUCAUGUGGAUGUAAAGACUACUGAUAACUACACCCUUAGGAUGUUUUGCAUUGCAUUUACCAAGAGGCGUACAAACCAGGUCAAGAGAACCUGUUAUGCCCAAUCCAGUCAGAUUCGUCAGAUUCGACGCAAGAUGAGGGAAAUCAUGAUAAACCAGGCUGCAUCCUGUGAUCUGAAGGACUUGGUGGCAAAAUUUAUUCCUGAGAGUAUUGGCAGGGAAAUUGAAAAGGCAACAUCCAGCAUCUACCCACUGCAGAAUGUUUUCAUUCGAAAAGUCAAGAUCUUGAAAGCUCCCAAAUUUGAUCUUCCCAAAUUGAUGGAGGUUCAUGGCGGAAAAGAGGACGUCGGUGUGAAGGUGGACAGAUCAGCUGAAGAAACAGCGCCCGAGGGAGAGACCGAAGUUGUUGGAGCAUGAAGCUAGCUGUGCUUUAUUAAGCCAUCAUUUACUUUACUUUUAGGGGAGUUUUGUUUGUCUUUUCAGACAGAUGCAGAGUUAGUGCAUCCUUGAGAGUGUAUUUGAACAUUGUCUAGCAGUUGAUGUUCGAUUAUCACAUGAAAGAUGCUUUAGUAAUUCUUUUAGAAAAAUUUUGUAUUGUCGACA